AUGAAUCUGUCUUCUUUGACAUAUCUAGAUCUUAAGCAAACCGGUUUGCAGGAGAAAUUGUCAAAUAAAAUUUUUCACUUGCCAAACUUGGAAGCGCUCAACUUGGGUUACAACCCUUAUCUCACUGGCUAUUUGCCACAGGUAAAUUGGACCAGUAGUGGUUUCUUUUCAAUGUUACGACUCAGAGGGACAGCUUUCUCUGGAGAGCUACCCGAUUACAUUGGCUAUCUCAAGUCAUUAAAAUACUUGUGUCUGGCUAAUUGCAAAUUCUCGGGAUCCAUACCUAUGUCCCUAGGGAAACUUGUUCAAAUGGCUUAUUUCGACAUAUCGGGUAACAAUUUUGAAGGCCAAAUUUCCAAUUCUUUUGCUAACUUGACACAAAUAACUUACUUGUGUCUUUCUCACAACAGUUUCAGUGGUCAGGUCUCAUCUAUAUUCUCAAAUCUUGAGCAACUCUUUUAUUUGGAUAUUUCAUAUAACCGUCUUGAAGGCCAAAUUCCCAAUAUUGCCAACCUUUCAAAGGUUGGAUAUUUUACUCUAAGGCGAAACCAUUUUAUAGGUCAAUUCCCAUGUUGGGUAGCCAACUUGACACAACUUGUUUGUUUAAACAUUGGGUUAAAUGAAUUGACUGGUCCGAUUCCCGCCAACUUAAGAGGGCUUUCAAACUUAAGAUAUCUUUGCUCAGCUUAUAACAGCCAUACUGGGACGCUGCCGAUUUGGCUGUAUAAUCUUCCAUCAUUGAAGUACUUAUCAAUUGGUUCUAAUGAAUUCACAGGUCAAAUCUAUGAAUUCCAAAGUAAGUCAUUGAAUCAUAUUAAUUUGCGUCGUAACAAGCUACAUGGCCCCAUUCCACCAUGUCCGACCAUCAUCAAUCAUUUCCUCUCAAAGAAUACAUUCACUGGAGAAAUCCCUUCGACAAUUUGCAAUGUAAGUUUCCUUGAGAUACUUGAUUUGUCUCAUAAUAGCUUGAGUGGUAUAAUUCCACAAUGUUUAGCAAACUUUAGCAAUGUACUCAGUGUGUUAGAUCUUAGGAUGAAUAAUUUUCACGGAAACAUUCCAUCCACAUUUCUUUUCCUCUCAAAGAAUACAUUCACUGGAGAAAUCCCUUCGACAGUUUGCAAUGUAAGUUUCCUUGAGAUACUUGAUUUGUCUAAUAAUAGCUUGAGUGGUAUAAUUCCACAAUGUUUAGCAAACUUUAGCAAUGUACUCAGUGUGUUAGAUCUUAGGAUGAAUAAUUUUCACGGAAACAUUCCAUCCACAUUUACAGAGGGAAACAAGUUGAGGAAUAUUGUUUUAAAUGGUAAUCAGUUGGAAAGUAGGGUGCCACGGUCCUUGGCAACAUGUAGACACUUGGAGGUUCUAGACUUCGAAAACAACAAGAUAAACGACACAUUCCCCUACUGGUUGGAAUUUCUUUCAGAGUUGCAUGUCCUAGCCUUUAAAUCCAAUAAAUUCCAUGGUCCUGUGGACUCUUCCAAAACUAAACUCCUUUUCCCAAAGCUUCGAAUCUUUGACCUCUCUCACAACGAGUUUAGUUGUUUGCCUACAACAUAUUUCAAGCAUUUUAAUGCUAUGAAGAUGGUUGAUGAAAAGGUGGAAAGAAAAUAUAUGGGGCAAUCCUAUUAUUCUGAUUCAGUGACCAUCAUGUUGAAGGGGAAUGAGGUUGUAUUACCAAGAAUUCUAACCAUCUUCACGACAAUUGACUUAUCGCACAACAAAUUUAGAGGAGAGAUUCCAUAUGCCAUCGGAAAACUUUAUGGACUUCGGUUGUUUAAUUUAUCUCACAACAACCUUAUUGGCAAUAUCCCUUCAUCAUUGGGAAAUCUAUGUUUGCUUGAAUUGUUGGACCUCUCUUCAAACGAACUUUCUGGUAAGAUUCCUAGCCAAUUGACAAGUUUGACAUUUCUUUGUAUGUUAAAUUUUUCACAAAGUCAUCUCGAGGGUCGCAUACCUCGAGGCAACCAAUUUGAAACAUUUGAAAAUAGCUCAUACAAUGGGAACCUGGCAUUAUGUGGAUUUCCACUGUCGAAGGAAUGUGGAGAUAUUAACACACCACAACUGCAUCCAACACCUAUGUUGCACAAGGAAGAUGAUCCAACUUUGCAAGUGAAUUUAAUUGGAAAGUGGUAG